AUGCUGCGCGUGAAGGGCAAAAUCCGGGGGGAAGUGGUCCCCCUGAGGAGACACUACACAAAUAACAGCCGUGGAAUGCUCAAGGAAUACGUCUACACAAAGUAUCGAAUUAGUCUUCCCUACAUCAGCAACGUAAAGUAUGACGAUUUGUAUCUUUCCCGUCCGAGCAGAGAUGAUCUCUAUACCUUCACUAAGAAAAUGCCGAUUUUUCUCCGCUAUCUAAAACUUAUAACCUCGAUGGAAAAUCGAAAUGAAGACUUCGUCCAGUUCGCAAAGAGAUGCGAAAGUGGACUGACAACAGAGAAGGACAUUUAUCUAACAAAGGAGGAACUACUAGACGUAAUGUUCCUAAACGGAUACUCCAAAAAAGAAAUAAACGCGCUAGACUUAGCAUUUACCAAUAAGUAUAAAUUCCAUUACCCUGAAAUUGCUGCUCUGUUUAACCUAGAAGAAGAAGAAGUAUACAAAUUUUGCCUCAAAAAGAGGAGUGAGAACCCAGAGAAGUUAUUUCAUUUGAAAUAUAUGAAGGAUAAAAAUCUACUCUCAUCAUAUGGCCUUAUAUUUGUCUUCCUCUACUUUGGCCUAAAUAACGUCGUCUUGAGUAACGCUUGGUUUCUAUCUAAGACCAUCCCCUUCUUCUCCGUCUUCUAUAUGCUAGCAUCUCAUUUUUAUAGGGACAUAUGGAACUUCCUAAACAAGGAAAAGAAACUCAUGAUAGAACAGAAUGAGGAGAACAAACUCGCCGCAGAACAAAUCUUAUAUAAUCAGCUAAAACUGUACUCGAAGGAUACAGAGUGCAGUGCCAACCUCACCAACUUCAAACAAUACUGCAAUGAAUUGAUUAGAAACUACAAACGAGCCUACAUCAAUGAGGAAAGGAAAAGAAUCCACGACCAGCUGGAAAAGAAGCUGAACGAAAUGUACAACGCGGAAGUGAAGUAUAAGAGUUCCCUGCAGAAAAUCCUCGUAGAAGAAAUCGUUAAAAUGACGUACCAGAAAGUGCAGAGUGACCCCAGCUUCUACAAGUCCAUCCUUAAUGACGCCAUCAAUAAUAUCAGGGGCAUCACGCAAGACGAUACGCUAAUUAAACACGUGAAGAACCAGCUGAGCUGUGUCAAACAGAUGGACAAGGAGAACCCCCUCGUUAAAAACAUCCUUACGCAGUACGAAGUUAAGAAGGAAGGAUACUUAAAUCAGUUCGUGGUGCAGAAGGAUGAAGCCAACAAAGUCAGGGCCAUUAUUUCUAAGUGCGGAUUGGAUCUGAACAAACUGAAUCAGGAGGAGUACGGAGAGUUGCUGAAAUUGUAUGUAGACAUAAAUAGCCGAUUCGGCUUCUACAUCAAUGACGAGGAAAUACCCGCCGUCGUACCACGGGACGACGAGUCCAGGCGCGCCGCGGACAGCGUCAACCGGGCCAUCGCCCAGGCCAACCGCCAUACGCGCGAGCGCAACUUGGUGGCCUUCAUGCAGGCCUUCCAGUAG